AUGCUCAAACCGGAGGAGCUAAAAGCCAAUUUCGAGGAGGAGGCGCCCGCGAGCGCGCGAGAGCCCGCGCGGUACGCGCGAAACUUCCUCGAGUACUGCUGCUUCCGCGCGCUGGCCGUGGCGACGCAGGUGACGGAGCAUCUCAAGGACAAAGACUUCCGGCGGUGGACGUUCGACAUGAUGCUCGCGUGGGAGGCGCCGGGAGCGUCGAAUCAGCCCACGGGACAGAUGGACGUGGAGAGCAGUGUGUGCAUGGACGCGUUCGCCCGGCUAGCCCCAGCCAUCCCGCUGGAGGCGGACAGUGUGACUGUGCACGCGCUCUUUGAGCUGCUCACCGACGAGUGCCAGGGCGGCCGCCUUCCCUUCGCCAUCUACAACAACUACCUCAGCGAGCUCGAAAAAACGGUGAAGACAAUAAAGAACUCCACCACAGGGGCGUUGGCCUCAGCUCUAGGAAUAGUGAGGGGCGAGGAGGCAGUGAUUGAGACGGACGGGCAGGCAACGCAGCCGGUGCUGCAGCACAUAGGCGUCAGUGCCUGGCCAGGUCGCCUGACCCUUACAGAUUGCGCCCUAUAUUUUGAGCCCAGCGGUGUCGUCUCAUACGACGCAGCAAAGAAGUUUGAUCUGGCAGCGGACCUCCACCAGACGGUCAAGCCGGACCUCACAGGCCCAUGGGGAGCGAAGCUCUUUGACAAAGCCAUCAUGUACAAAUCCCACGCCAUAUCGGAGCCUGUGGUCCUAGAGUUUCCAGAGUUGACUGCACACAUGCGAAGAGACUACUGGCUGUCCAUCAUCCGUGAGAUCAUAGCCGUCCAUUCCUUUGUCCGGACCUACAAGCUAGAAGGUCCGGCUCGCAGGCAGGCUAUAGCGAAAGCCGUGAGGGGUAUAGCGCGACUUAAAGCCGUGUGGAGCUUACAAAAAGCCCUCCCUACCGCCCCUGAGAGCCUCCUAACUUUCAUUGCAGCAGACGAGCUCCCAGGCGGGGAUAAAAUCUUGCGGGCUAUGGCGGGCGUGCUGAAGGCGGAUUCGGGCAGCCCGAAAAAAGAACGGGAGCAGCUGGAAAAACUUGGGGAGUUUGCUGCUGCAGCUGUGAGAAAUGCAGGUGCAGCAGCAGCAGCAGUUGCCGCAUUUCUCCCCGGCACAGCAGGACUAAUGGGCGGAGGAGGGGCAGGAGCAUUGGGAGUGGGUGCAGGCCCGUCUAUGCCUGUAGGGGAUGUGCUUGUAGGGGAGAUGACGGCUCUUGAACGGGCGGUUAAGAACUCGAGAGACAAGUCGAGUAAAGUGGCCAAGGCGAAGCGAUCGGUGGAGGAAGUGAAGGUGGAAGGCAUCGGGACAAACGUGGCUCUCAUGAAGGAGCUGCUAGUGCCAGUGAUGCUGCUAGGCCAAUGGUUCCAGUCCUUAGCCUCGUGGGAGGAGCCUAUCAAGACCAUGGUCUUUCUAGCCUUCGCACUUUACAUCAUCUACAAGGACUGGCUCGGGUACGUCAUCCCGUUCCUCCUCCUGACGAACGCGGUCAUCAUGAUGUGGCUCCGCUUCGUGCAACAGUCCGACAGACGCCGCCCGCCGAACCGGAGAAACGAGGUAGUGGUGAUCACGCCGCCCAAUCAGAGCGCUGUGGAGCAGCUGGUUGUGCUGCAGGCUGCCCUGGCUCAGGUGGAAGCCGCCAUCCAAGCACUCAACAUAGCACUCCUCAAAGCACGAGCUCUAGCCCUCUCCGAGCUCCCAACAGCUACAGACGAGCUGAUCGCCGUCCACAUAGUCCUCGCCAUCCUGCUCGCCAUUCUGCCGGUGCGAGUCGUCGUGCUGCUGGUUUUAGGUGACGUGUUCACACGAGAAAUGGAGAUGGUUGAAAUUGAGGAGAUAGAGGAUACACGUGUCGAAAAUACGAAGCUUGAAAAUACAGCUGCUCAGAGUACCAGUUCCACAUCAACAGCCAGUGUCUCCCGUGGGGACGCAGGAGCCGUCGGAUCAAGAUCAGUAAGUGGGUCUGACGGAGCCAAGGUUGGCGGAGAACCGUCGGAUCUAGGGAGUGAUGGGCGACGAUCCUCGACUGCGGAUUUCGAGGCCAGUAAAAACGGCGCUGCGGGGAGUGAUUCGGGGCAGGAAGGCGGCAAAGCGGGAGAAGGGGCGAAGGAAGGGAGAGGGGAGUCGGAGGGGGAAGGGGAGACUGUGCGGGAAGGAGUGAAGGGUGGGGGGAAGGACUCCGUGGGGGAAGGGGAGGCGGAACGGGGAGGGGAGGACCAGCCUGGGGACCAGGGUGGAUUCAAAGACGCGCUCAGCGACUUGGCGACGGGGGCUGGCGGAGACGCGGUAGCGGGUGAUGAGGCGGAAGAGGUGUUUGAGGAUGCGCUGACAGAAGAGGAGCUGCGCAAGAAAGCCUUGGCGGAGGCGGAGGCGAUUAAAGCGAGGGGUAACGAGGAGUACAAGCGGGGUGACUAUAACGCAGCUCUGGAAAGUUACAGCAACGCUCUGGCAGCUGCGCCUGGGGCGGAGCAUGCAGAGGCGAAGGAGGCGCGAGCAAUUUACCACGCCAAUAGAGCCAUGUGCCACCUGCAGCUGAAAGAUUACGAUGCGUGUGUGACGGAGAGCACAGCAGCCAUUGAUCUGAAGCCGGACUAUGUGAAAGCAAUCAUGCGACGGGCGCAUGCUUGGGAGAAGCUGGACAAGCUUGAAGAGGCGCUGGGAGACUUGAAGAAAGUGCUGGAGCUGGACAGCGCCGAUGCUCAAGCUAGAUUAUCUGCCAGGAGGCUGGAGCCCAUUGUGGAAGAGAGGAGGGAACAGCUCAAAGAGGAAAUGCUGGCAAAAUUGAAGGAUCUUGGGAACUCCGUCUUGGGGCACUUUGGAAUGAAAGCCGCUCACGCGAAGCAGGACGCUCUCCUCAAACAAUUCACCGAGCUCGGUAUCACCUACCAACUCUAUUCGCAUCCGGCAGUGCUGACAGUAGAGGAGCAGGCUGCACAAGUGAAAGGAGCUACAGGGGAGUUCACCAAAAACCUUCUUCUUAAGGACAAGAAGGGUCGGCUGAUUCUCAUCUCUGCACUCACCAAGACCAAGAUUGAUCUCAAGUUGCUGUCGCAGAGGCUGGGACUGGGAAAGGGAGGAUUGCGCAUGGCACCGGACGAGAAUUUGGCUGCGGUGCUGCAGGUGCCUGCUGGCUGUGUCACCCCGCUGGCUCUGUUCAACGACUCUGCCAAAGACGUAGUGCUGUUGCUGGACCAAGGUUUCACCUCGCAACCACAUCUGCUCUUCCACCCACUUUCCAACGAUGCAACUGUUGCGUUGACCCGAGAGGCGUUUGACUCUUUUCUUGGCUCUGUUGGCCGCUCUGAGCCCGCUUACGUGGACCUUGAGGCCAAUGUGGUGGUGGGCAAGGAUCAACCGCCCGACCUUGCCGCUCAUCUCCCCGCCGCUUCCACUGCUGCCGCAGCAGCCGAUUCUGCCUCUGCACCUACGAAUGCUGCUCCCACCAUUACCAGAG